UUUUUUUUUUUUUUUUAAAACGAUUGAGAUUCAAUUGGAAAACUAGGGGGAGUGGGGCGCUGGAAAAGAAGAAGGGGAAACUUGCGUUUGCAGGGUAGGGGGUGAGGGUGAGGUAUGGAAGAGGAGAAAGCAUAGAGAGGACGGAGUGGGCGGAUGGAGUGGGGGUGUGAAGAAGAAAUAAAAUAAGGGUGGGGGGUGGGGUGCCUUUUUUAUUUAAUAUAUAUAUUUAUAUAUAUAUAAAUAGUACAUACAUAUUUUUUAUUUUUUAAAAAAAAAUAUAUAAAAAUAAUGUAUGGGGGAUUAACUUUUUUUUAGAAAAAUAGUAAUUUCUUACGUGGCAAUGACGUGGCAUUGAUGUGACGUUGAUGUGUAGGCGAGUGUAACACACUCUCCGUUGUGAGAGUGGUAUUCAGUUUUGAUGGGUAAAAAUAAUACACUUUAAAGAUGUUAAGGGAUAAAUAAACAGAACUUUAAUUUAAGUGCUAAAGUGAGUGGAGCGAACAAAUUUAGGGGGGAAAUCAUGUCUUUUCUCCUAAUAUAAGGGUAAAGUUGAAAGUAAAUAAUAAAUGUUCUUUAAUUUUUUAAACUGACAAUUAUUUUCGGAGAAAGGACACGAAUUCCUAGUGCAGAGGGCAGAGGUUGAGGUAGUAGAUUAAAGAAAUAUUGAAGGGAGAUAAUUAGACAUGGCAUGGAGCAAGCCUACCAUGAUCCUAGAUAGAAAAGUGUGGAGAAGACAAAUUAUAAUAAAAGGAUAAUAGAAAGAGUACAUCAUUGCUAGCAGGUAAGAGGGCUUUGUUUUGUUAUCCAUACUAACUAUAGUACUAGAAUUGUUUCAGUGUGCUACUAUUUAUCGUAUAUUAGGUAAGUCUUUUUAUGGUAUUCUUGAGUGUGGUGAUUUUUAUUGUUUCUAUACAAUCUCCCUUUUAAAUUAUUUUUAUUAGUUUGGGUCUAUUGAAAAUUAUUUUUUUAUUUUACUUUUAAGAUAAUAAUAUUAAUGGCAUAUAAUUACAUCUAUUUAAUAAAAAUAUGCUGAGUAUGUUAUUAUUGUUAUAUAAUAUUGGACCACUUUUCGAUUGACUAAUUUGCAAAGAUACAGCAACCCAAAGUUCCUAAAAAAGAUGGCUAAAUAACAUAAGUAUCAAUCUUUUAAAAAUUAAUUGCACUCUCUCAUUUUUUUAAUUAUUGCACUCUUUCUUUUUAUUAAUAUAUAUAUAACAUAGUCAAUAUAUACAUAUCAUUGUGUGUAUAUGUGAAGUUUUUGUAAUAUAUUUAGAGAAUUGAAAUUUUUUGUAAUAUUGAAAACAUAAGUUGUAUAUUUAUGUAAUUUUUAGAAAAAAAUUCGUACAUUCGAAUAAGUCCAAAACUUAUGCCAAUUUUAUUUUUCUUCCAUGUGACACAUUUCAUCUUUUCUCCCUAACCUAAUGAAUACCUCCUCCUCUCUGUCUCCCCACAAACAUCUCCUUCACCGCGUUUGCUACUUACCGAUUUCACAGAAAAUCACAGACGUGUUUGGAUUAGUGCACCAUAACUGGUCAAUAUUGGUAUCUGCGUGUCAAUGCUGGCAAUCAGUCAUUCAAUUGACUGAUUGCCAAAUUGCAGAUGGGUGCCCAGUGUCCAGUGAAGCCUAAGACAGCCUUAGAGGGCGUGCAUGGAGUGCAAGUGGUUCCUCAUUCACCAUUUGCAUUGGAAGAGAUAAAACAACAUGGAGACUUAAAUCAACCGAGGAAUGCAGUUUUUCCUGUUGGAACAAGACACCAACUAAUAGUGCAGAGAGUUUGGCAGCAAAGGCCUCGUUGCCUCAGGCCCAUCCGUUGCAGGUGCCAUGGUGAUAGAACCAUUGCUGAAACUAUUGCGAAUGUGAUCACUUCUCUACCUUUUAUUGCUCUUGGACUUCAGGCUCCAAGGAAGAAUCUUCAUUGCAAACUUUAUGCCAAUUCAUUAAUUGGAGUUGGAAUUGUGUCCAGUUUGUACCAUGCUUCGAGAGGCAAAGUAAGACGCUAUAUGAGAUGGGCUGACUACUCAAUGAUAGCAACAGCAACAGUGUGUCUAUCGAGGGCACUUAGGAAUGAGAAUCCAAAAUUGCUGAUGGCAGCAUCUGCAGUCCUCCUACCAAUCCAACCUCUGAUGGUUUCUGCUGUACACACUGGAAUGAUGGAGGUUGCAUUUGCCAAAAGAGCAUUUCAAGAUCCAGAUCUGAGGAUGAGCCACAAUGUGCACAAAAUGUCAUCACUACUAGGUGGUGCUCUUUUCAUUGCUGAUGAUAUCUUUCCUGAAACACCUUUCUUGCAUGCUGGUUGGCAUCUUGCUGCUGCUGUUGGGGUGAGCACUUGCAAUAAGCUUCUUGAGUAGGUUGCUAUUAUUCCAAUCUAAUUCCCGUUAAAUUUGCCGAAACCACUUGCCAUAGCCUGCAAAGAUUGUCCAUUUAUUCAAACCAGAAAUGACAAAGAUCAGUAUCUUAACUCAAUGGUCAAUUUAUAGUAGUAGUGAUAGUUAUCUGUUAUAGUUAUGUGCUAUGGAAUAUGGCAAUUAAGCGUUGCUUUGUAUUAUGGAUGGUGCCAGUGUGAAACAUUGUUUGCAGAAUAUGAUUUUUCUUGUCUUGCUGCA